AACAAUUGCAAAUAGCCUCAGCGCCUCUCUCUCUGUGUGUGUGUGUGUGUGUGUGUGUGUGUGUGUGUGUCCGUCCGUCCGUCCCAGUGCUUGUCAGAGUUAACUCUCUUCUACUGGUCAUUUCUAUUGUCUCAGCAUUGUGUAAGAGAGGUUGUAUGGACUCUUCUCUUCCAUACUACUCCCUCUCUCGUUUUGCGUCUCUCGUUCUCUCGGUCCGUCUCUCCCCAUCGCCUGUAGCCUAGCCUAAUAAGCGGUCUGAGUGUCUCCCAUGUUUGGAAAUAGACGUCAGCAAGGAGCGUAUUCUUGAUCCAGAAGGUCCGGAACCACACCCCGUGCACUGGAGCAACGAAGGAACUUGCGUUUGGAAGACAUACAAGCUUAACCAAACACUUGGGGCACCAUGGACCAUAACCCUCACACCUUGGACCCCCGCCACCGCAGCAUGGACUUUCGGCAGAAGAACAUGCUCCUGGACCACCGGGACGACUUCGGCACCACCUUCGCUGUGCUCAUGAUACAGGUGGCCAUCUUCCUGUCGGCAGGCAUCUGCCUGGGCCUGCCCCUGCUCAUCUGGGCGCUGCGUCGGCUCCACGUCUUCCUGCGUCGCGGAGGGCGCGUGACGGCCUUCAUGGCCUCGGCGCUCCUCUUCGAUUUCCUGGAGCUAGUGAUGAGCUCGGUGGUGGUGAUCGUGCUGGCGCGCGGCGUCUGCCUCAUCACGUCCAUCAAGUGCCGCCUCAUGCUCUUCCUGUGGCUGGGCAUGCAGUUCUGCGGCCUGCACUUCCAUCAGCUGGCCGCGCUCGAGGGCGUCCUGGCCCUGGUCAACCCCAUGCUCACCGCCAGCUGGCCCUUCGUGCUGGUCACCGUGGCCGUGUCGCUGCUCGAGUGGGUCUUCUUGGUGGCCUACGUGGGCGCGGCGCCGCACCUUGAGUGUCCGGCCGCGUACAUCGUGUGGUUCCUUCUGGCUGUGGUGCUGUUCAUCGCCACCGCCGUGCUCACCUACUUGUACCAGCCGCCUGAGGGAUGGCUGGUACAGGGCCAAGAAGAACGGGCGACUGGCGCUGGCCGUCGCGAGCCUGCUUGUCGUCUAUGUGCCGCACUUCUUCGCGCGUGGCAUACUCUUCGAGCACGACUCGCCGCAGGAGCCUGAGGUCAACGAAUACGCCAUGGUUGGCUGUCUCUCGGUGGUCGUCUUGCAGCUGGUGGUCGACCCUGUCUUGUGCGUGCUCUACUUCAAGGAUAUUCCCGAAAUACAAAUAGAUACAGAUAUCCCUAGUGUGCCACGGAUGAGUUUGAACUGACCCAACCCCCCCACCCCCAUCCUUACCUGUGAGUGUCUUGGAUGAGUGCUGUGGAAGGAAGGAAGUCCACGCUAAGGUGCCCCCCUGCUCCCCACACCGCCCCAAAAAAAAAAAUAACAAAAUUUAGUUACACACCUAAAUCGCGAUUAAGUGUUGCACAGAUGUUUCGCUCGACUCAAACUCAACUGACUUUUGCGCCUUAUUUUUCGGACCUCGUCAACAUCUGAGAAGGCACAUGCAUGUCUGUGGCCUCCUGUGUUACCCGGCAACCAAGCCAUUCAGAAGGGACCCUACAAUCAAUUUGUAAAUUGUAAUUGAAAUGAAACGAAAUUGUAGGCUACAGUGAAACAAAGGCUUUGAAAGAGAAAAAAGGUACCAGUUUUUGUCAGGAGGGAUGGGGUAGCCUUCUAGCUCUACUCAUUUUCUUGGCCUUAUGGCACCAUCUUAAAAGAAAAUACCAGAUAUCGGCAUCUUUAAAAGGGCACAACAUAGUAAAAUGUAAUAUUUCCUCUGAACCUGUAAAAUAACUGUAAAAACACUGUUAAAUACCAAUUAGCUCUGAUGUGUCGUAUAACUUUUUUGUACACUAGUGAUUUUAUGUCAGUCUGGGUGUGUUCUUAUUUUCAGUUUAUUUGAUUUAAUUUUCCUCCAGUAGAACAGAAUUUCAAAAUACAAAAUACUGUCUUUCAAUUCAAUGCAUUUUUACAUCAGUAAGUUGUAGUUUAUUUUGAUACAUUUCUUACAGGGGUAUUUUGUAUUUCGUAAUAGGUUUUACAUUCUGGUGUAACUUUAUCCAUCCAUAAAUCAGAUUCACUGUCCUGGUUACAAAAAUAUGAUAAAUUAUGUUAUUGUAACGAUGAACAUAUUUAUUAUCUGAUUUGUCUUUAGGAAAAAUGUUGUUUACAACCUUACAAUGUUUUGUUUUUACUCUUGAUUUAUGUAAAAAGUAAAAAAUGUACAGGGAUAUUGACUUGCAUUACAACUACAGUACCAACAUUACUGCAAAGUAAAUGUAUCUAUUUCAUAACAUUCACUUCCCAACACAUUAUGAAAUCACAAGGUCAAAGAUUUUACUUUCUUGCCUCAAGCAGCAAGUCAGGAAAAUCUCUGUCCUUUUACUCUGAUGUCACACAAAUAUCUUGUUACACAACAGUAACAUAAACCUCAAGGAGGAUGCUUCUUUUUGGUGUUUUUGUUUCCGUUAGACAACCCAGCGCUCACCUGAACUGAACCACUUUCUUUGCACUUAGAUCAUUCAGAUCUCUGCAUGUUCAUUUAUGAAAUGCCAAUUCAACACGUUUAACUUGACUUAUCAAGGACAUUUUGCAUGUACAACAGCACAAUGCAUUCUACAACACCGUGAAUGUACAACUCAUUCACCCAUAAACUUACAGACAAAAAUCGCGUUAUGAGACUGUUAACAGAAAAAAUGGAGGACUGGUUUUCAUUUUGUAUUCAGAAUCAUAGUGUGAUUAGAUCUUACAAGACAAUCUACUCUGUGUUAUGGGGGAACUUGAAAAUCAUUCAUCAUGGUCAAGUUAUAGCUAACAAGCCAGUUUACCUCUCAUAAUCCACCUAUAUCUACACAGGUCACAUAUUUCACCUAACCUCAAGUGAAAACAUUACAGUAUUCUUUGAACACAUACUUAUAUAUACAGUACCUGAGUUCCAUAAUUGUUUGAAUGUCUCCAACUAACGUUCACAAUUCUUACAUAAAUAGAACACACCUUGAUUACUAUAGAUAUUGUGUUGACACAAACAUCACUCACCUUCUCUCAUUUCCUAGCUAUAUCAUGAGACGAGAGUGAUUUUCAGAGACAGACAAUGUGCGCGCACGCACACACGUGCACGCGCGCACACACACACACCUGGUUUGCGAAACCUGAAGCCUCACUGAACGGUCCGUGGACGUUUUCUUCACGGACCUAAGAUGAGCGUACCAGUGGUGGUCAGAGCAGACGAGUCACAGUCGCCUACAGCCAGACGUGCCAGUGUGCUAGCACUCAGUCCCAUGUUUACCGGUGCUAUACCCCCUACUGCUCCCCUCCUCCACUGGUACGUGCAUCUGCAGGCUGGGGCUUUUAGGUCGAAGGGGGCUUGUCAUGGCCACUCUGUAUUUAUCAUCUUCGCCAGUGGCAUGUACCCAAUGACUGACGUUGCUGUUAAGUGUUCUUUGUAAACGAAAGACAAAAAACAAAAAACACUUGUAUGCUAUUUGUCAUCUCUUGAAAGUUUCUACAAACUUGUUGCCUGUGAUAGAAAAUAAACUAGCCUCUGAUUGA